GGCGCCGACACCGGCAGGAAACACAGACUGACAAGAACGCAAAGUGCCUUUUCCCCGGUUGUUUUCAGCCCCCUCUUCACAGGUGAGACGGUGUCACUGGUGGACGUGGACAUCUCRCAGCGAGGCCUGACCUCCCCGCAGCCUCCAACGCCGCCGCCGCCGCCACGGAGGAGCCUCAGCCUGCUAGAUGAUAUCAGUGGGACGCUGCCUACAUCUGUCCUAGUGGGUCCGAUGGGCUCCUCCCUGCAGUCUUUCCCUCUGCCUCCGCCUCCUCCACCCCAUGCCCCAGACGCCUUCCCGCGCAUCGUCCCUCUGCGGCCGGUGGAGGCGGCGCCCAGCCAGCCCGCCCCGCACCUGCAGUGUCCCCUCUACCGCCCCGACGCCAGCAGCUUCGCGGCCAGCCUGCGAGAGCUGGAGAAGUGUGGCUGGUACUGGGGACCUAUGAACUGGGAGGAUGCAGAGAUGAAGCUCAAGGGGAAGCCAGACGGCUCCUUUCUGGUCCGAGACAGUUCCGACCCCCGGUACAUCCUGAGCCUGAGCUUCCGAUCGCAGGGCAUCACCCACCACACGCGCAUGGAGCAUUAUAGAGGGACCUUCAGUCUGUGGUGCCAUCCCAAAUUUGAAGACCGCUGCCAGUCUGUGGUGGAGUUCAUAAAGAGAGCGAUCAUGCACUCAAAAAAUGGGAAGUUUCUUUACUUCCUCCGAUCCAGGGUUCCAGGUCUCCCUCCAACACCUGUCCAGCUGCUGUAUCCAGUCUCCAGGUUCAGCAACGUCAAAUCCCUUCAGCACCUUUGCCGCUUCCGGAUCAGGCAGCUGGUCCGCAUAGACCACAUCCCAGAGCUCCCKCUGCCCAAGCCUCUCAUCUCCUACAUUCGGAAGUUCUAUUACUAUGACCCCCAGGAGGAGGUGUACCUGUCCCUGAAGGAAGCUCAAAUGAUCUCCAAACAGAAGCAGGAGACCGAAGCUUCAACGUAGCAAGGCUGCCUCUCCCGUCUUGUUGCUGUCACUGAUGCAUGGGAAAUAUUGUCUUAUGAUCAGCUGAAUUUUAUUAUCCUCCCUUGGAACCUUCAAGGUGGGGGCGAGAGAGAGAGAGAGAAGGUGACUCUCUAGGAAGAUCAUCUGCUGCAAGCAUCAUGGUAAGACUGUUCUUUGGCUCUCACCAAAAGGGACUGCGGCCAGAGAGCUGCUUCCGAGGCAGAUUGAGCCAGAUUCAUGUGCAGCUAUUCACCUCUGGGGAAUAUGGACAGUGUGCGGCUGUUUAGCUGCCCUGCUUUCUAGGAUUUGGGAGACGGGGGCCAAAUUGGGCAGCACGGUCCUGCAAUUGCAUUUGUAGGCAGUCCUGUAAGAGUGAGGUGCGAGGAAGGAAGAGCACGUGAGCUGUUUUGAUGUCCCGGAGCCUUCUGCCAAAUGGAGGGGCUGCUGCUGCAGCGGGGAGCAAAGGAUGGAAGCCUUCCUUCUUCUGAGGAAGCCUCAUUCCACUUAGCAAACACUGGAAGAUUCUGCUGAAGAGCUGCACGCUGAGGUCACUCAGGAUUUCUGUAAUAAGUGGAAGGUGGCCGAGUUGUUGCUGCAGUCCAGGGACCACAGGUACUUGCUCUAAAGUAAUAUCAGCCUUGCAGAGCCUUGAGACACGCUCUUUUAGCCUUUCUCCUGAAACUGUGAAUGCGGUGGGUGGUGUGAAGGAGCUUGAUGAGUACUUGGGCAUUAAGAGGCAUCUUUGGUGUGACUCAGAGCAAGAAGCAGAUGACUGGGAAUACUUCUGGGAUAGCUUGCUUGCAGCCUCCUCCUCUCCCUGGGAUGCCCACAGAAAUGCAACAAAUCAGGACUAAUGAGAAAAGAAAAAUGAACAAAAAAGAAAAAUAACCCCCUUUACUGCGUUUCCAGGCUUGGCUGUAGUGGCUCUUAGCGUCCUCGUCUGCUGUUUCAUUCAUUGCAGCAGCUGUGGAGAGUUUGCAUUUCAUGGUACAGCUCAAUGCUUGCGCUAAGCGGUGCUGCGAACCCUUGCUCAGAGGAUCCUUCCUCCCACGCUGUGUGAGUGAACACGUGUUCCUGAGCCCUCCACUUGGAUGAAGUAAAUGGGUGCAGCGCAGGGUCCCCAAAAUGAGCUGCUGUGUGUGGCCCGGGCCUUCCGAGGAGCCUGUUGAUCUGCCGAGGUCAGUGCCCUGCGAGCGGGAUGCCGUCAUUCCGGGGCGGUUAAGACUUUGUCCUUGCCCUAUAGAAUGAGCAACGUGCUUGAAUUAGACACAGUCGUGCGGAUCUUAAAGCAACCUUGAAAAAAAUCCCGAUCGUUUGCCUCUGCCAAGUGUUGCUGCAAAGGGUGCUAACAAAUUCUGGCCUCCCUUUCUUACCAUCACCUCUGGCCUCUGUUUGAGGCUUGGAAACAAGUGUGGGUUUUGUUUUUUAAACAAAAAGGGUUUGACUUCCAGAUGAAACUAAUAGCCAAGCUUCAAAAAUCUGUAGAAAUACCUCAUAUCAGACACUACCUGCUAAUGACUGUGUUCCAUGUUCGGGGCGAUGGGCAUUAGGAAGGGUACCUGCCCCCAGGAUGUGCUGCGUGGGGUAUCCCAACCCCCGGUGAAAUCUGAGCUCACGUGCCCUAUCCGUGAAGCGGGACCGGGAAUUCAUCCCCCUCUUUCCUCUUCUAUAUUCCCUCUCCGCUGCUCAAGACCUGCAUCUCCUCCCAAGUUACCAGCAGAGCUUGGAAAAAAGCAAUUGCUUGGGCUAAGAAACGCACAGCAAAUUGGAGCAAUGUUGGGAAAAGCAUCCGUGUACUCGUGCACACAAGACCCUUCGUUCAGCAGAAUCAGGGCACGUGGCCCUGUUGCACCUCGGCUGUUCUGUGCACUGAGGAUUUGAGUCUUUGAGUCUUUCAGCUUUUUCAUACACUGGAAAGGAAAGUCUGCCCAGGAGCCAAGCGUGGACUAAUUCCCUACGGGUCUGAACCUGCGCCAGCAAAGCCACCGUGUGCCCUGUGCAAGUGUCUCUCCUGAAGCUUCUCUCCGGAAAAAGCACGGCUGGAGAUACGGAUGUGAGGGUGAUGUGGCCACUGCACGGGCAGUGCAGUGCGGUGGUAGUAACAGCAUUUUCAGCCCUUCCUUCCUUGUUYUGGGGUAGAUAAAUGUAAGCUGCUUUUGGGGAGGAAUAACAACCUGAAUGAGGAAGCCAAGGGGGAAGUUGCACUUGCCAGACACUGGGAAUUGGUGUAGAACCGGUCUCUGCCCUUGUUGGAGCYCAGAGGGAGCCGGGAGCCUUCUGGAGCAUGGGUAAAACCGCACUAAACUGCUCCCCAGAGUGGGAUGCUUUGCAGGGAAACGCUCUGCUGCUCUCCCACUGCUGUUGGCAGCAGCUUUUGUGUGCUCUGCUGCCCUAAAUGCACAUGCAGCUUGCUGUGACUGUGGCCGUGUCCCUGCGGAGCAGCCGAGGGAGGUGGGGAAGCUGAUGGGCGUUGGGAAGUGCUCCCGAAGCAGCCAGGCUUUGGGAGCGCUACCUGAAGAGUCUGAAUUGGGUCGCUUGCUGUCCUUGAGAGGYGUUCUCCAAAGGCUGGUGCUCCUGCUCUUGCAUGAAACAUGAGCAUGGGAGAAGUCCCCCCUCUUAGGGAGGAACCAAGAUUUUUCACUKUAGACACUGAGAUCUCGGCAAGCUUUUGCAAAACUGAGAUGAUGGAAAAAACAUCACAUGGGGUGUUUAAUAAGAGGCUGCGGGAUGCAGGU